AUGAAAAAAGAACAAUAUCGAUCCGUAAUUCGCUUUUUAUUUUUGGGUGGAAAAACGUGCGAAGAAAUAAAAACGAAGUUGAAUGCCGUUUAUGGGAAUCCUUCACCAUCUAUGACAAUCGUCAGAUAUUGGUUCAACGAAUUCAAACGUGGUCAUUCGUCUGUUUUUGAUGAUGAGCGCCCAGGCCGUCCGGUAGACGUGAUUACUGAGGAAAUCAUUGAAAAAGUCCACGACAUGAUUCUCGCUGAUCGCCGAACGAAAGUGCGUGAAGUAACAAAGGCCAUAGGCGUGUCGUAUGGAAUGGCAUUCAAUAUUUUGCAUGAUAAUUUAGGAAUGAAAAAGCUGUCGGCCCGAUGGGUGUCGCGAUUGCUCACGGUGGACAACAAGCGAAUGCGGCUAUCAAUUUUAAAGCAAUGUUUGGAGCUGUUCAAGUGCUUCAAUUCGAAGGAGUUUUUGCGUCGAGUAGUAACCGUUGAUGAAACAUGGAUUCAUUACUACACACCGGAGACCAAGGUACAGUCAAAACAGUGGAUUUCAUCUGGCGAACAUGCUCCGAAGAAGGCCAAGAUGGUCCCAUCGGCCGGAAAAGUGAUGGCCACUGUUUUUUGGAAUGCGCAAGACGUAAUCUUCAUCGACUACAUGGGGAAAAGCAAAACUAUCACGGGGCAGUACUAUGCUGACUUAUUGGGCCGAUUCGAUGUUGAAUUGAAGAAAAAACGCCCCCAUUUGGCGAAAAAAAAAGUGUCGUUCCAUCAGGACAAUGCACCGUCUCACUCCUCCGCAGUCACCACAGCCAAAUUGGUCGAAUUGCGGUACGAAUUGCUGCCGCAUCCACCGUACUCUCCGGAUUUGACCCCCUGCGAUUUCUUCUUGUUUCCAAACUUGAAAAAAUGGCUCGGUGGAAAAAGAUUCACGUCGAAUGAGGAGGUCAUUGCCGAACAGAGGCCUAUUUUGCAGAGUUCGACAAAUCGUAUUUUUCGGAGAGGUUAA